CAGCUCUCAUCUCAAGUCCGUUCUGUCGAUCGAGGCGAAAUUCUGUGACCCUUGACACCGGCGAUGGAUUUUCACCUCAUCGGUGCAGUUGGCAGAUGAUGUGAUUUAAUUAAAGCUUCAUUUGGAAAUUAAACACAUAUUAACACAAGACAAACAAUCAACUCGGUUUAGAAAGAUGAAAUAAUUUAAACACAGUUGUUUUGAGUGUUACAAGAUGGUAGUAACAGAUAUGGCUGCCAUUGUGACUUUAAAAGAUGCUCUUGGUGUUAAUCUUUAUAGUAAAGUGAGUGAAUUAACAUCAACAGAUGCUGGUAAAAUAACAGGAAUGUUGUUAGAGUGCAAAAAAGACCAGAUCCUUCGAAUGUUAGAAAAUAAGGAUGUAUUGAAAUUGUAUAUAGAAACAGCUCAAGAAACAUUGAAAUCCAGUUGUGAUAAUAAUGGUAUGAUAGAUGAUAAUAAUGGUAUAAUGGAUGAUGGUAUAAAAGAUCCAGAUGAUAAUAAAAGUACAAGUAGUAAUGAAUCUUUAGCUGAAGAACUUUAUGAUAAAAUUACUAAUAUUGUUGAUUGUGAUUUAAUGGCUGCCAAAAUAACUGGGAUGUUGUUAGAUCUAGAUUCUAGUAAACUGAAUGAUUUGAUGACAUCAGAAGAAGAAUUAAAAUUAGCUGUAGAGAAAGCAAGAACUGUUUUAUUAGAAACUAAAUCUGAAGAAUUCAACCCACAUGAAGAUAUAGCAGAUGAGAUUUAUACAAAUGUCGAGAAAAAAUACCCUGAGUUAGCACCACAAAUAACAGGAAUGUUGCUGGAGUUAGAUACAGACAUUUUAAAGGACUUGUUAACCACAACCAAAGAAUUAGACAAUCGUAUAGAAGAAGCCUUUAAUGUGUUAUCUAAAUCAGUUUCUUGACAGGGCUGCUCAAAUAUUAAAUAUAGAACACACUAUAUUUAUAUCUUCCAAAUACUUCCAUAUAUGUAUUUAGAAAUAUAUUUAAAUUCCAUUCAAUAUAAGCUCAAACUGAAAUGGCCUUUUUGUUAACACUGUUAAAAAGCAGUUUUUUUUUCAGAGUUAUGCCCCUUUGUGAAAAAACGUAGGGGGACACUCGAUUGAACGUUCUGUAAUUGAAUUCUCUCAAUCCCAAAAAUAGUGACAAUCAAAUGAAAAGCGCACACACCAACUGUAUAAGGAAAUAUCUCAACCAACCAUGGCAGCUGAAAUGUAGGCCUAUUUGUUGUGUUUACCUCCAUUGUUGGGACUGACAGAACUGUGACAGGACUGAAUUCCGCCUCACUUGAUUGCAAUACUGUCGAUUUGGGACGUUUCAGACUGACAAUAAAACAUCUGCCUUGUUGAUAAAACUAAUCUUCUGACAAGACAAACUACACCAAUAUUGCCAAAAAUAAACAACAAAUUUAAAUCUGAUUAAAACACAGAUCCUAUUUCGUUUCGUUUUUUCAUAGUUCAAAAUUUGGUUUUACUUGUCUUUACUACACUAGGAUCUGGAAGAGUUGUUAUAUAGCAGACGUUCUAGUUGAUGUGAGGAAUUAGCCAAAGAAACGGUCUGUUACAGCGAGUUUCUGGCGUGAGAUGCACUGAACUGUGGGUAAAUCCAUAGAAACUGCUGAUUGAUUAAUCAAUGUCAUAGUGUCAAGAGCCGCCCGUAUGACCCCUGACGCGACCUCUCAGUACAACUAGUCAGAUCUUCAUGUAGAAGAGGCGAUCGAAAGUAUAAAAAAACAAAAAAAAUAUAGAUCUGGGCCCUUAUUCACGAAAACUUAAACUAAGUUACAACCGAAAUUUUAAGAAAUACUGCAACUUCAUUGGAUAUAUGCAGUAUUUCUUAAAAUUUCGAUUGUAUCUUAGUUUAAGUUUUCGCGAAUAAGGGCCCUGUCGAAAGAUCUUGUCUUUUGUUGUGUUAACAAUUGUUUUGAUUUUCUUCGACAUAACUUGAUUAAUUCUAUAUAUGCCAAACAAGAGGGGUGAUGGCUAUAAACAAUCUAUAUUUUAUUGGGUUAAAUAUUUAACUUGGGCACAAUUAGGAACAUUUUUUUAAAGGUUUUUGACUAAACUAAUUCAGCUUACUAAAGAUACAUUAUGGGAGAUUAGAUAACGAGUUGGCAGUUCUCACUAUAAUAGUUAAAAACUACAUAAUGUAAAGGCAACUUGCUGAAAAUUUCAGUCAAAUUGAUCCACUAUAAACCGAGAACCAAGCGGAUGAAAGUUCCGCUUAGCCUCGAUCAUCAUUACUGAAGUCGAUAAGACAAAACUAAGUCUUGAUUAUCCAUUUAAUCGUUAAUCACGAAGGAAAGUUUUGCAGCAAAUCAGACUGUAAUCCAACAAAUAUCGCAGGCAAGCCUUGACAUCGAGAGCUGAUUAUGGUCUGGAUAAGUUAAUUAAUGUCCAAUUAAUAGUUUUUAUAACAUUUCAGGCCUAAAGAAAGACCUACAAAGAGCCGAUUUUGCUCUUGCAUAAUGUAUGUUUAAGUUAGCAGCCUUGUAAUAUUUUUUGACCCAUCUUGUGAUUAAACUAGUAAUAUAUAAAUGUGAUUUACAAUGAUCUUCGGAGCCAUAUGGUGUAUAAUUAAGUCUUGUAUUAUGUAUUAAAUUUAUUCAUUUAUUUGAAUUUCAACUAUUUUUAAUGUUUUGUUUAUUGUUAUCUACUAUUUUGUAUGUUUGUCUCUUUUUCAUCAUCCAGUUUAUCAAUCUUUUCGUGAAAAAUAUAUUAAUUUAUCUUACAGCAAUUGGGAACAUUUUUUUUAAGGUUAUUGGAAUCAAGUUUAUGUCGAUUCUGUUAGUUUUAUAGGGUUCUUAUUCCUUAAUUUAUUAUUUGUAAGCCUUUACAGCUACCCUGGUAUAUAUUAUUUAUAUGGUCUAUCCAAUAUUCCAGAAUUCAGAAUAACAUAUUGGAGAAUUAUUUAACCAUAAAAUAUUAUAUAUUAAAAUUGAAA